CUGUAAGUGUAACCCACCCCAGACCUGCAAGUUUUUAGAGCCCACGUCGGUUCGGUGCCACCACCACCAUCCGUUUCCAGUCUGUCACCCCCAAAAAAUUCAAUUCCCUCGCUUUCCACAUUUUCAAAAUUUUGAAGUCUUCAGAUGAGAUUUAAAUUUUGCAUUCCUCUUCAAUAUUCAUUAACUGCUUCUCAAAAUGAAUAUAGAAGAGAGGUUUCGUGAUAGUAACGGAGGAGGAGAAGAGUGUCGUACACCGAGGAGCAGAGAAUGCCGGAUACCGCUUGUUUUUGUUUGUCCGCCGCCUCCGAGGAAGAAAUCUGCAACUGGAACGAAGCGAGACCCACCUAAGAACGGGUAUUUUCAACCGCCUGAUCUUGAUCUUCUGCUUUCUGUGCCGCCACGCAAAGCAUGGGUUUAAUUAGCUUAGAGUUUCUAUAUGUUGUUUAUGCCUUAUAAUUACUUAUUUUUGUGAUUCAGUAUUGAAUUAUGCUUACCUUCUGUAUAUAGAUUCGUUUUGGUACCUUAUUAUUCCAUAUUUAGAAACUCUAGACUCAGUUGGAAGAUAAUAAUAUAAUUUCCUCUUCA